CAAAGCGAGUCAGUUGAAUUUUUUGCGCGGUGAUAGCUGGUUCGCGUCAAAUCAAAACAAUUUAGUGAUUAUUAUUUUGUUGUCGAAUUUAAUUAACACUAUGUGCGUCAUUAAUAUCCAGUGAAAAUAUAAUUUUGGGUGAACGUAUUCUCAAUAUUCCUUGUGUCAUAAAAUCUGUAAAAAAAAAAUAAACAAAAAUGAGGCUGGCGGGCGCAAUUUUCAGCAAUGUUACAAAAAUGUUGGACUUUUAUUCGCAGUUCAACCCAUCUCCACUUUCAAUAAAGCAGUUUAUUGAUUUUGGGCUGAACGCUUGCGAGAGGAAAUCAUUUCUCUUCCUAAGGAAGGAGCUGCCAGUCAGGUUAGCGAAUAUAAUGAAAGAGAUAGCAUUACUCCCGGAGAAUUUGCUGCGUAUGCCUUCCGUGGGCCUCGUCAACCAGUGGUACGAGAGGUCGUUCGAAGAGAUCAUCGAAUUUGAGAAGAAGGAACCCGAACCGCCAGUACUGUCUCAGUUUUGCGAGCGUCUCGUCAUGAUACGCAACCGUCACGCGGACGUCGUGCAGACGAUGGCGCAGGGCGUCCUCGAGCUGAAGGAGUCGCAUGAAGUCGAACCGGGCAUCGAGAACUCCAUCCAGUACUUCCUCGACAGAUUCUACAUGAGCCGGAUAUCCAUACGGAUGCUCAUCAAUCAGCACACGCUGCUGUUCGGCGAGCAGCUGGGCGCGCGGCAGGCGUCCGUGAACGGCAUGGGCAACGGCGGCCGCCACAUCGGGUCCAUCGACCCCGCGUGCGACGUGGCGGCCGUGGUGCGCGACGCCUACGAGAACGCGCGCUUCCUCUGCGACCGCUACUACCUCGCCUCGCCCGAGCUCGAGCUGCUGGAGGACGGCGCGCCAAUCGACCGUCCGAUGCCGAUAGUAUACGUACCGUCGCAUCUCUACCACAUGCUGUUCGAGCUGUUCAAGAACGCGAUGCGUGCUGUCAUGGAGACUCACGAGAACUGCCCACCCCCUAUACAGGUUAAUCUUGUUCGGGGAAGGGAGGACGUGUCCGUUAAGAUGUCAGAUAAAGGUGGCGGCAUACCUCGCAGCGUCUCCGACCUGCUCUUCAAGUACAUGUACAGCACGGCUCCCCAGCCGUCCAAGUCGGAUUCCCACACCGUGCCGUUGGCUGGUUAUGGUUACGGGCUACCCAUAUCUAGAUUAUACGCCAGGUAUUUCCACGGUGACUUGGUCCUCAUGUCCUGUGAAGGGUUCGGCACAGACGCAGUUAUAUAUUUGAAGGCUCUAUCGAACGAAGCAAACGAGUUACUACCGAUAUUCAACAGGACGUCUUCGAAGUUCUACCGCACGACGCCCGCGCCCGCCGACUGGUCGGCGCCCGUGCCCACGCAGGCCUGCCGGAAGGACAAGCCGUCGCUCUCCUACAAGGCGUAGGGGCCCGGGGGACACUGACUGCAUACUUGUGUUGUGUUGUGAAGUAUAACUGAGUGAUUUUAGUAAGUGUAGUGCAUUGAUUGUGUGAAAGAGGCAGGAACGCGUUAGAAGAGGUGAGAUGUAGUCUUAAGUGUAAUGAUCGACCAAUUAUACAGUGGUUAGGUAUGAAACUUAAUUAGAGGCCCAAGGGACGGUGUGCUUGUUGACAGUUCGAGGAGGUUUUAAUACUUACAUUGCCGAUUUUCGGCCAGGUAGACCAUAUACCAUAAGGUUACCCAUUUGAUCAUAAACCUCCUGAAAGUUCUCGUCAAUAAAUACCACCCUAGUUGGACCACUGUUACAACUAUAGUCUAUUCCAAUCGAAGUAGGAAUGCGAUUUGCUAAUAGCUCAGCUGUAUUGUGCACUACUAAGAGUUUAUGAUUAAUAUAUCUUUAUUUAUAAUACAACACUUACUUAACUACUUAUAUCCACUUUCAUUUUACGUCC